AAGGGCGAUGCAAUGCCCACAAAGAGCCUGCGGGGGAGCUGCUGCCGCCCAGCUCCUGGCUGUAAAAGCGGAGCGAGCCCAGGUGGAAGAUGAAGUCUGGCUCCCAGAGCUGAGCAGGCAGCGGCAGCUCCCCCGGGUGCUGGCUACAGAUGGCCCAGGCUUUUCUCCCCCCGAGCAUCUUCCAGGUGGUUUGCGUGGUGCUGGUGCUUUCCCAUUUCAGUAUGAGUUGGAAAUCACCAACAAUGGUCCCAUCACAACAGGAGCUCAAGCAACUAUUAGUGCCAGCUUGAUUAUGAAGAAUGAUGAUGAUGUGCUCAUUCAAGACCCAAACUCAUAUCGUUUCAACUGGAUUUAUGCCCCUCUGACUUUGACUAAGAAAUCAGAACAGCAGUUUAAUUCCGUGAUUGUUGUGACUGGGGAAUUUCCUGGCGAUUUCCCCAUUUCUGUCUGGGUAACUCAUACAGACUGUUGGUUAUGUUGGCCCAUUGCAGGAAAUGUCACAAUGCUUCAGGUUACAGAGUUCAUAGUAGGGAACCUCACCAUUGCACAAAUAGAGGACAACAGUACAUUUGUGAAACAAGGUCCGAGUUCUGCUACAGACACUCUGACCCUGAUUUCUUUCUUUCUUCAUGAUCCAAGUAAUUAUUUCAAGUUGGCUUCAUUCAUCUACUACUGGGAUUUUGGAGAUGGGACACAGCAGGUAACCAAAGAAUCCUUUGUCUACUAUAAUUAUUCUACUGUUGGGAAUCGCACUGUCCAUCUCAAAGUUGUUGCUGAAUGGGAGGAAAUUGGGAGCUCAACAAAUGGAAGAAAAAUGGUACAGAAAACCGGAGAUUUUACAACUGCAUUGGAGUUGCUAGAUGCUGUUAAAAGUAUCCAUGUCAUAGGUUCCAGAGAGACUCAUGUAAUGGAAAACCUAAGUUUAUCUCUACAGAUCAAUGGCAGCCCACCGCUCACUUUAUGUUGGCUAAUAAAGUCUGAAUGUAUUCCACUGGAAGGAGAAAAAUGCCACCUGGUGGUGAUUAAUGGCUCGUACUAUAAUUUGAGCCAUACCUUUAAUGAUGCUGGACAAUACUGUCUCAGUGUGAGAGUGGAGAAUGGGGUCAACACAUUGCAGACGUACCACGAAAUUAAAGUCUGGCCAACAGGUAUUCACCCAGCUUUCUUUGCCCUACCAUGUAUUGCUGUACUCUCAAUGAUGUUAGCACUGGUUAUGUACACAAAUUUCCGAAGUAGUACACAACAAAAGGAUCUCGUAGAGGUGGCGGAUUUUGAUUUUUCUCCUUUGUCUGACAAAAAUUAUUCGCCUUUUGAUUUGGAACCGAGCUGUCUUCAAAUGUGUUGCAGCUGCUGUUUCUCUUGGUCAUCUCAAGAAUACUGUGAGACACACAGGGAGAGCUAUGGACUCCUUCACCCUCUAUACAAGCCAGUCAAAACUUACACAGUGUGAAGAACACGGUCUCACUUGGGUUACACUGACUGCUGACUUUCACUUGUUCCCUUAUGAUGAAUUAAAUACCCAGAGCUGCAUGGAUGGUUUAUUUUUGCUGGCAUACUGGGAAAUUAACUCUUUCAUUAGGCCUGGCAUUAAAUAAGUACUUUGUUAUAUAAUUUAAAAGGAAAGAACCAGAAAUGCAAUAAAAGUGGCUUUGUAUCCUUAAAUUAUACAGGAGUCUACAUUUUACAGGGCACUUCUAAAUAAUUUAAAUGCAGCAUUUUAUUCUAAUGGAAGAUUAUUUUAUGUGCAGAUGUUUGCCCAAUCCACUUCAUAUGUAAUUUGUCUGACCCCACUGCUCUUUCAAAGAAGGCAAUGCUUAAAACAAAUGUGCCUCGUUUUCUUUUCCUUCAUGUCUGCUGUGCAUAGCCAAGCAAUUGGACCAGUCAAAAUGCUGCUUAAUGCACGUUUGUACUAAAAAGAGAAGAAGAAAAAAAAAAAAAAGAAAAGAAACUGAUUUAUUCUCUGCCUUGGAAGCAUUUGGCAUCUAAAACAUUUCACUGAGAACCAGACCCCUUAAUUAUAUUGCUUCUGUAAAAGGACCUCAGUUUUAGCAAACUAUGCUCCUUAGGGAUGUAGCCACUGAUGUUCCCCCAGUGGAAACAAAUUACAACAGAUACUUGUACUAUAGGAAUCCACAAUAUGGCUUGAAUGGUUCCAUUUUCCUGAUGCUGCAAUAUAGUAUUAUUGUAUUCUAACCUGCAAGAGGUGGCAUCUUUCAGGCAAUAUAAUACCCUUAUAUUUUUUUUUUGCCUAUUUUCCUUUU